UCAUGGGGCCCCCGGGCAAUAGGGGAUCAUGGGGCCCCUGUAUCCUUGCCCAAACACAAAAAGCCUAUGAAAAAGGUACCAGGGGCAUCUCAUGGGGCCCCCUACUGACCCCGGGCCCCCGGGCAGUGCCCGAGUUUUCAAAUUGUCAGUCCGCCCCUGAGGCUGCAUACAAAAAAAAAAGAACAUAGUAUAUAUACCCAACAAGACCAGCGGCGUACUGGUACAUCACUGGACUUUGAAUGGUCAUACAAGGAUGAUGCCUACAGCUGCAGGCAUGAUCCUGGUAUC